GGGCAAUUUAUUUAAACAUCACCAAAUAUUGUUAAUCAUCGCUAAACUUCAUCUUUAAUCUCAUAUUUGGUUUAUCAUUGUAAUUAUAUCGCUAAAUAUCGCAAAAUAUCACAAAAAACUAGAAAAUUAGAAAAAAAUGCAAAAAAACGAGAGAUGUCGUGAGAGAAGACAACAGCGGGGGCUUGCGACUGGGAUUUUGGGUCUGUGUGUUCGAUAACAGGAGUUCUGGGUCGGGGUUCAACGCCGGAGAGUGAGAAAGUUAGAGAGAAGUUUUUUUUUUUUUUUUAUAAUGUAAGGGUAUUUUUUGGAGAAAAAGAUAUUAAAAAUAUAUAUAUUCUAUUUUUAAUUGGGUGUUAUAUUCAAACAACAUAUUUACAUUUAAGCAUACUAACCUAAAUUUCCUUUAAAGAAUUAGAACAAAAUUACAUCUAAACAGUAAACACACCAACAAAUUAAGAGGGUGAUUUAAAUCCUUAAAAUUUACCAGGGGCAGAAGAGUAAUCUUUCAUGCCAUACCAUACCAUACCAUACCAUACCAUGGUCAUGUAGCUUUUUUUUUUUUUCUUUUCCAAUGGGCAUAUUAUGAAAUUGACUUAAAGCUAGGCUAGAAUAAGCUAGCUUUGCCAAGAAGUAACUGAUGACAGCCUAUCUUUCAAAAGUAGACAAGACAAUAUAGUCAAUAGUAAAUUUAUACUAGUCAUUCUUACUUUUAUUCAUCAAAAAUAAAAAAGACAACAACUCACAUUUUAACAAUCCCACACCAUACCCAUUACUCUGCCAAGUUUCUAGGAUUUUGUUUCUUCCAAAACCCCACUUCCAACUUCCAAAGAGGUAAUAACUGAUGAUGAACAAAACUAAGAAGUAUGAAGUGGGUAAAGGGAAAGAGGAAGAAGAAGCCAAGCAAAAGAAGUUUAAGGUUAUAUUGAACAAGCUCACUCCCCAGAAUUUUGAAAAACUGUUUGAGCAAGUAAAAUCUGUUAAUAUUGAUAAUGCUGGCACACUUCGCGGUCUUGUUGCACAGAUCUUUGACAAAGUUCUUAUGGAGCCUACUUUCUGUGAGAUGUAUGCUAACUUUUGCUUUCACCUUCAUGGAGAGUUACCUGAUUUUAGUGAAGGUGAUAAGAAGAUUACUUUUAGGAGAUUACUUAUCAAUAAGUGCCAGGAGGAAUUUGAGAGAGGAGAAAGAGAGCAAGAGGAAGCCAACAAAGCUGAUGAGGAGGGCGAGGAAAAUCUAUCGGAAGAGGAAAGAGCAGAGAAGAGGAUUAAGACAAGGAGACGAAAGUUGGGUAAUAUCAGGUUGAUUGGGGAGCUGUACAAGAAGAAAAUGUUGACUGAAAGAAUAAUGCAUGAGUGCAUUAAAAAACUGUUGGGACAACAAGAGACUCCUGAUGAAGAAGAUCUUGAAGCUUUAUGUGUGCUGAUGAGCACAAUUGGGGAGAUCAUUGACCAUCAAAAAUGCAAGGAGCUUAUGGAUGCAUAUUUUGAUUGGAUGAAAACUUUAUCAAAUAAUACAAAGCUAUCAUCUAUGGUUAGAUUCAUGCUGAAGGAUGCAAUUGAUCUUAGAAAUAAUAAAUGGCAGCCGAGGAGUAGAGUUGAAGUGGCUAAAAUUAGAGAUGAGGAAGAAGGGGCUAAGCAGAGGCAUUUGAGGGCUAUAUUAAACAAACUAACUCCUACAAAAUUUAGCAAAUUGUUUAAACAAGUGAUACAUGUUGACAUGGAUAAUGCUAAGACACUUCUCGGUCUUGUAGGACAAAUCCUUGAUAGAGCCCCCGUAGAGCCUAUUUUUUGCGAGCUGUAUGCUAACUUCUGCUAUCGGCUUUCACUAGAGUUGCCUCAUUUUAGUCAAGAAAAUGAGAACAUAUCUUUUAAAAGGUUACUUGCCAUCAAGUGUCAAAAGGAGUUUGAGAAAGGAGAAAGAGUAAGGGAAGAAGUCAAUAUGGAUGAUGAUGAGGAGAGAGAAGUAAAACAAUCUAAAGAGGAAAGAGAGGAGAAUGUAAUUAAGGCGAAGAGACGUAUGUUGGGUCAUGUCAAGUUUGUUGGGGAGCUGUACAAGAAGAACAUGUUGACUGAGAGAGUAAUGCAUCACUGCAUUAGAAAACUGCUGCAUCAACACCGGACUCCACAUGAGGAAAGUCUUGAAGCAUUGUGCUUACUGAUAAGCACAAUAGGGGAGAUCAUUGACCAUCCAAAAUCAAAGACAUAUAUUGAUGAAUAUUUGGAAAAGAUGGAAACUUUAUCAAAUAAUAUUGAACUGCCAUUUAGGAUUAGGUUCAUGUUGAAGGACAUCAUUGAUCUCAGAAAGAAUAAAUGGCAACAAAGGAGGAGUGUUGAAGGGCCAAAGGAAAUUCACUAUCGAAAGGCAAAAUCGUUCUCUCCCAGUUCUCAGUUAGGCAGUCAGAAUGUUCAUUUAGAUGUGGGAAAGCCUUUUGAGGCCAUGACAUUAUCAGCUCCCUUAACUCAAAGACCACUUUGGGGUGAUGCUUCUAGAGUAGAGACCAGUAGAGGAUCACUUUCACCAUCAUUUUCUUUGCUGACUGAUAGAAAUAGUCCAAGGAAGGAUCUCAUUCCGAGGAUGUGGCUCGAAGAACUGCAAGAGAAGACAAAGGCAGCUAUUAAAGAAUUUUACAGUGCUCGGGAUGUGGAGGAAGUUACUCAAUGCAUUAAAGAGUUAAACUCCCCAAGCUUCCACCCAACAAUGGUAUUUAUUUGGAUCACAGACUCUUUUGAGGAAAAGGGGAUGGAGAGAGAUCUUCUAGCGAAACUCCUUGUCACUCUUACCAUGUCUCAUGGCGAUACUUUGAGUCGAUCACAUCUCAUUAAAGGGCUUGAAUUUGUUUUGGCAACUUUGGAGGAUACCAUAAUUGAUGACCCUAAAGCACCAGAGUACCUUGGUCAAAUAUUAGCCAAAAUGAUCAUGGCAAAUGUGGUUUCAUUAGGAGAGAUUGGUCAGUUAAUACACAAAGGUGGAGAGAAGCCAGGCAGCCUUGUAAACACUGGCAUUGCAGCUGAUGUUCUUGGAAAUAUCUUGGGGACUAUCAAAGAAAACUAUUUCGACGAGAUUAUCAAAAACUCUAAUCUGCAUUUGGAGACAUUCCGACCACCUAAUCCUCUAAAAUCAAGGAUAUUAGAGAGGUUUAUCCGGGAUUGAUAGUAAAGCUCAGUGUAAGGUAGUAAUGAUGGAAUUUGUGAAGUUUGAAAAACGUUCUCCCUAUCUCAUUGCCUCUUCUUUGGCUUGUUUGUGUAUGGUAUGGAACUGGGUUGCUUUGCUGUGCUUAGAUUUGUGCUAUGUAGUUUUUAUAAGAACACCCUAUUUAUUAUUUAAAAUUAACAUAAAUUUUUAACUUAUGCU